GCCGUUCCCAAAUCGACGCGAGCAGAAAUGGCCGGCCGCCGCCGCAGCCGCUCGCGAAUCCAAGGCGACGGGGCGACCCGUCCUCGUCGCCUCCGCUCCCGAGUCGUCGGCAGCGAGGACGGCGACGGGGCGACCCGUCCCAGCCGCCGCCGCUCCCGAGUCGUCGGCAGCGAGGACGGCGACGGGGCGACCCGUCCCAGCCGCCGCCGCCGCGCCAGCUCGCCGGAGGUGCCAGACGAAGCUGACGCUGAUACCCUGUGGGAGUCGCUGCCGUUGGAUAUGAUUUGGGAGAUCCUGCUCCUGCUUCCACCGGAGCGGCCCUCCCUCGUGCUGCCACCGAAGCGGCGCUCCUUCCUGCGCGCAUCCGGCGUCUCCACGCUCUGGCGAGGCGUCGCCACCGACCCAAACUUUAUGAGCCAGCACCGCAGGAAGUGGAAGCCUCCACUCCUCGGCGUUUUCGAGCGCCGCCAGCAGAAGUUCCACUUCACCCCCGUCUUGCAUCCUCCCGACCGUAUCCCUGCCGACCGCAUUCACAUCUCAGGCUGGAUGACCUCCCGCGACUGCGACGCGACCGACUGCCGCCACGGUCGGGUGUUGGCACAGGCGGUUGGCGCGUCUUGUUGUGUUCGCCCCCAUCACCGGCCAGGAGCACUGCCUGCCCUUUCCGGACGAGUUCAUGAAAUGCAACUACCACUACGGGGCUGUGCUCUGUGCUGCCAGCGGCCAGGAGGACCACGUGCACGGCUUUUGCCACGAGAGCCCAUUCAAGGUCGCAUUGUUGUCCAGGUGCGAUAAUCGAUAUAUCACCUCUGUUUACUCAUCAGAAAGCCGCACAUGGGCAGACCUUAUAACAAUCGAAGCUCCAUUUAAAGUUGCUCUUGUUGAUGUUCCUGCGACCCUGGUUGGAAAUGUGCUCUACUGGAUGCUUUCAUCAAAUGAUGUUUGUGCUGCCAUGCUUGAGUUUGAUUUGGAUAGGCAGAGCCUAGCUGUGAUCAAGGGACCUUCUGAUAUGAAUUAUUCCGGCAGCCAUAGGAUCAUCAAAACAGAGCAAGGCACAGUUGGCUGGGUCAGGUUUUCAUUUCCGAUCCUAGAAAUAUGGCUGAGGAAGAAAAAAUGUCACGGUCUUGCCACGUGGUUGCAGCAUAAGACAGUUGAUAUGCAUGACAUUCUUGGGAUCCCUCGGGUUAGUAAGAAGCGGUGGCCAAAAAUCCUUGGGUAUGACGAGGACAACAAUGUGAUCAUUCUGUAUGUUGAGGACAGUGCCUACAUGCUUGAUCUUAAGUCGAUGGAAUCCACAAAACUUGAUGAAAGCCGUUUGAUGAAAUACUGCCACCCAUUCACCAGUUUCUAUCCGCCAGACAUGGCCAUCUAAGAAGCAUUGAUAUAUGCACACGGACACAAGGAUACAGAUACAGAUAUCCCAGAAACAACCAUACAGGGACACGGUGAGUAUAUACAUAAAUAAAUAAAGUACAACAUGUAAUGUUGUGGGGACAAAAGUAUAUUUGUAAGAUGUGCGAUCAAAGUACUGCCCAUUUGUGUUUUCUGCCUUCAUCUCCACGUUUGUAUAUGGAUGAGCUUAAUGCAGCUGAUGCUGCAAGUACGUAUAUGUAAGUAGAUAUUUCAGGAAAAAGAAAAUACAAUGCAGCAUGUAAUAUGGACAUAAUUAUAUUUGUGAGAUCUGGGAUCAGUUCUUGAUUCUGUCAUGUAAUGUGGACAAAAUUAUGUUUGUAA